UUUCAGAUCAGUAUUUAAUUAUGUCACUGUAAUUUUAUUUGUAGACUUUUUAUUUUUGGUCCUCUGUCAUAUCACACUUCUCACUAUUAGCAUCUUGCAAUGUUCCACACCUUCAUUUUAUUGUAGUUUGAGUUACCUAUUACUCUUUAUACUUAGAAUUAUAAUUGUAGGUUAGCUGUUAAGGGCCUGAUAUCUGUCACAGCUGAACUUUGUGCAAUGAAUGCUGUGUUAUCGUUGGAAGUUUACUUCUAGCUGCAUAAUAAACACACACAUAUACAGCAUUUUGGACUGUUUGGACAUUCAGCUCCAUGCAGUGUAACAGAAUGAAAGCAUUUCUUUCAUUUAAAAAGUUUUCCUACUGUGUUGUAUCGCUAAGUAGAAAAUACUACCAUAGCUCUUUAAAACAGUGUGGCAAUUUUUAGUUUUCAAAGUAUUCUAAACUACAACUACCAGCAGCCUCAACCCAUAUUGCUAAUGGGUUGACUAAUUCUAUGUUGGUAAUUCUACUUCAGCAAUUGAGAGGCACAUAUGUGUACUGUAAAAAGUAAGAAAGAGGCCACAGGCCAGAUCCAUUAUUAAAGCAACAAAUGCAAAAAGGUGGUUUAAGCCAAAAAUUAGAAGAAGAUAUGCGCACUAGACGCAGGCAGACACCUUUGUAAUUCACAUAGAGCUGAAAGGUAGGAAAAUAAAGCAUAGUCACGUUGCAAGAUUGUGUUACUAUAGUCAAUAAAAAUAUAUUCUAAAUCUUUUGUGUGGAUUUGAUUCCAUGGUUUCUUUUUUUACAUAGCGGGACUGGCUAUACCCCAGGUUGAUUACCAUCAUUUGAAUCACACCCUUAUUUUUUUUUACUUCGUUUAUUAGAUGUACAUCUUGCCUUUUUUUUUUUUACAGAAGUUCAGGGUGGCAUAGGCAGUGUUCCAUUCUCUUCUCCCUCACAACAACCACCCUGUGAAGUAGGUUACUCUGAGGGCCAAUAUAAUAUGUAUAAUAUAUUACAAUAUUAUUGUGUGUGAAUUUGUAGCCAUCUCUGUGUUAUGAUUUUUAACAAGAUCUCCAGUUACCAUCAUGUACUAUAAGGCAAAGGAAUUGUAUGGCAAUUUCCUUUGCAAAUUGCUAAGUUUGGCAAAUUUGUGCCAGAAAAGCAAGGCACUGUCUAUCUUUCAUCCCUGUUGAACAUGUCCCCUCCCCUCGUUUUCUUCUUCCCCAAAGUGCUAUUCGGUGCAGUUUUGGAAGCUGCUGGUGCCUUUAACUUGCCAUUUGGGUCUGAUAAUGUAUCUUUGGGUAUCUUGGGUUUUGCAAAGUCAUGAUCUGGAGGCAGAACUGCCUGUUUUGCAACAACUUCUUUCUUUCCCCCUCCUUUCUGUUCCCUUAAGUAUGUUUAGGUUUAGUUUCAGAAUAUUCCAGGAUCUGUUAAAGUCAACCCGAGUUGGAAGAUGAUUGUGUAUAAUGGGUGGCUUGAAUCCUUAGUUUCAAAAUACUGAAUCCAGAAAACGUUAAGAGACAAAGAUUCAGCUUUCUGCUUUCCCAAUGUUUGGCUAAUAAGAUAGCCUGGGUAUAUUUUCACAGAAAAUGUAUAACUUGAAUCCUUUUCACAAAGCAAAUGACGCAAGGGACACACACACACUUAAUUGUAGUUUAAAUUCCAUUAGUUGGUUUAUUUUACUGAAGGCAACAUUUUUUUCAUAUAUUACACCAUCAUUGAGAUUGGAAGAUUUUCUGAAACUCAAGGAAAAGGUAUGAUAUUGGAGUCCUGGAUAUGAGAUUGAUAUAAAAAUCUUCUCUUUGUGACACAGAAUACUUGAACUGAUGGAUUUAUAUCUUAAUGCUAUAAUCCAGUUUAUUAUUGUUGACGUUUGCAGUAAUUUCACCAUACUUUUAUUACAAGUAUUUCUUUCAUGGCAUUGAUUCACCUCAUUUUUUAAAAAAAAGCACUGGAAAAAGUACUGCAUGGCACUGUAACAUAUUGGCAAUACUUCCUCCUUUCCUAUCUGUCAAAAGUUGUUUAAGAGAUCUACAUCCCAAUUUUGGAAGGAACAAAAAUCACUGACACUCCUCUGGAUUGCUAUAAGUCUGGCAGUACCACAAAUCUCUCACAUUAACUCCAUACAAAAAGAAAAGAAAAUUAAUUGCCAAUACACCUGUGCAGAUCUACUUUGUGCAUUUAUAUGGUUGACAUCAAGUCACCAUUUCCCUGUCAAAGGAGCACUGAAGUCAAGAGGCAGGGCAUGGCAAGGCCAAGAUUCCUGAAAAUGGGAAAAGAGGCUGCCCCUAUGCUGUGUUCCUUGUGCUUUUUUAAAAGCUAACUUUACUCCAAUUUUUAAAACACUGGAACAGAGACAGAUAUAAAUCCAGUUAACUCAACUGUAGUCCUCCUAGGAUGACAAAGAGUUGAGUUGGUUUUGAACUGGCAGAGUCCUCAUGUGAAAGUGUUCAUGGCAAAGCAACUUGGACAGAAAUCAGUCAAAUGUAUGGAUGACACUCAUAAAUGAUCACUUAGGUUGAAGGUUUUAUAUUGGAGUUAGAAAUGUCUAAAUAGCAGUUGCUGGUGAUGAUGAGCAAGAGGACAUGAAUAGGUUGCAGGUUGACCGUUAACAGAGUGGAAUACUUGCUCUGAUCUAGCAGGGAACUUGUUUAUGAUAGCUCUUCCAUGACUUAAAAGCCCUUUGUCAAGGGAUCUUUUUCUCUCUCUCUUUCUCUUUCUCUCUCCCCCUUCCUCCUUCCCUUCCUCCCUCCCUCUCUCCCUCCCCUCCUUUUGGUCAAAAACAGAAUUGUUUAUCAGCUCCUUUGCUGAACAAGUGUUCCUUCGACCCCCCAAUUGGGCAAAAACUGUGAAAUGGCCAUUUUCAUCAAGCUAAUCUUAAUAUUUUGCUGGUAUAGGUGCUAGAUAAGAGGCUAGAUUUGGGCAAAAUCUGUGAAAUGGCCAUUUUCAUCAAGCUAAUCUUAAUAUUUUGCUGGUAUAGGUGCUAGAUAAGAGGCAGUCACUCAUUUUAUAUUUUCACCACAAGAAAGAUUUAGCUAUGGGAUUGUCAUUUAAAAGUUUCUUGUAGCCUUCAAAUGAUAAAAAAUAAGCUACAGCAAGCAAAGAUAAUGCUGUAUUGAGGGGUCCUUGGUGCUUUUGGUUGUUUUCUUGCAGACAUUUCAUUAUCCAAACUAGGUAACAUCAUCAAGCUCACAGAGCACCAAGGACCCAUUUUCAACCCUGAGCUACAAAUAUUCUUCUUUAUUGGCACAAAGAUAGUAUUGCAAUAUGACCAUGACUAUGAAAUUAUGCCACGUGCAACACUAAUGGUUUCAUUCUGCAGCCUGGGUUCCCCACAGGAAUUUCUGAUUUUGUAGUGAUAAUUAUUAUGUUAAGACAUUAUCAUCCAUCUACUGUAUCCACAAAAGGAAAAGUAUAUUCUGAACUCCAAGAAAAAAAGAAAAUCAAUCUGUUCUCAGAGGUGAUUCCCCUAAAAUUCACAGAAGAAUGAGUUGGCUGCAGUAAUAUUUAAAUAAGGGGAAAAGAAAGGGGAGGAAUGGAAGACAGUGACUAUAAAUGUGAACACUACAAUCUUUUGCUGUAAAUCCCAGUUGUUGCUCUGUUUCAGGUUUUCAGAAAUGUCUUGGCUUGUUUAGUUAAAUAAGCAUUAAUGCAUGUAAAAGAAUGGGAAAGCCCCCAUUGUUGGGGGAUUGUUCUUGGCAGAAACAAUUUCUGCAGAAAAAUAAUAAUAAUGAGGGAUGGGACAGCAAAAUAGUUGUCCAUUUUGGCCAGCAGCCUUGAGAUGAGUGUGAAUGUGUCUAUAAAGAAAAUCGGGUGUCAAAGGUAUCGGAUAUGGAGUGCAAAAAUUUAGACAACUAUUUCAUAGCAGCAAAACAUACAAAAGCCCUAAUUCUGCUGCCAUCCUGUACUGUCCAUGGUUUAGAAAUCAGUAUCUGUCCUUCCUGAGGAGAGGAAGUUGGAAGAGGGGGCAGCGAUGGCCUUGAACGGAUCGCUGCCCUCUUCGUCCUGAAAUUUUGGGCUAGGGCAUCUUAUCAGUGGACAUGUUAGUCACUGGGUGCGAGGGAGGAGUCAAAAUGUCACAGGUAAUUCCUUAGUUUGCAGCAAUCGGGAUAUUACGCCAAGGACUGGUGAUGGGGGUAUAUUGUUGUGAGACACCAGGCAGUUCUAAUAACCCUACUUGUAGCACAUGCCAUCUUUUGAGAGAACUGCAGCCACCGUCGGAAUACCGAGGGUUCCUUUAGCGCUGAUGCCCUGCUUUGCAAGGACGCAGAACCCAGAUUCAUACGUGCCAGUGCAAAGCAGGCAACCUGCAAAGCGUCGCGCUGUAGGAUCUUCUCGCUUCACUUCCUUUCCUUGUUGGAGCGGACGGAAUAGGCAAAGAUCCUGAAGUAAUGGCCCGAAAACGGGACGAAUCCGUCCACCAGCGCCCCUGCUGCAAAGAACGUUCUGGCCCUUGGUAAAAUCAUUUCCUCGGGGUGGAGAAAAAGGACGACCCCCCGCCCCUAUGUUGGCAAAUCUUUCGCGUGGCCUAGGAAGGGGCGGCCGUCAGAAGAAGGUGGGUCAGAGGCCGACUCCGCCUCUCCGAAGGAGCCGUGGUCGUACAUUCAUUGGUGUCAGUGCUGCCGGGAGGUUGGAGGUACCUCGCAGGGGGAGGGGAGGCUUCUUGGCUGGGCUCGCCGGGUCGCCGCCGCUGGAUCCAGCCCGCCGCGCUCGGGCGGAGACUGCCGAAGAGUCCCUGCUCUCCCUUCCUCGUGGCCUCCGGCUCCCUGCUCGCAGCCUCGGCUCCCUUCUUUUCCAUCGCUCCGUCCCGUCUCCGAAUUCGCGCACAUGGAGCUGCUGUGUGUGGAGGGGGUGAUCCGGGCCAAGCGGGAUCCGCAGCUAUUAAGGGACCGGCGGGUCCUGCAGAAUCUGCUCAGCCAGGAAGAGCGCUGCUGCCUUCGCGUUUCCUACUUCCAGUGCGUGCAGAAGGAGAUCCAGCCGUACAUGCGGAAGAUGUUGGCGUUCUGGAUGUUGGAGGUUUGUGAGGAGCAAAAAUGUGAAGAAGAGGUGUUUCCUUUGGCCAUGAAUUAUGUGGAUCGCUACUUGUCCUGUGUCCCCACCCGCAAAAACCACUUGCAACUCCUGGGAGCUGUCUGCAUGCUUUUGGCUUCCAAGUUGCGAGAGACCAUGCCUUUAAGUGUACAGAAACUUUGCAUUUACACAGACAAUUCCAUCACACCAUGUGAAGUUUUGGACUGGGAAUAUUUGGUCUUAGAGAAGCUGAAAUGGGACCUGGUAAUAGUAAUAGCAAAUGAUUUCCUGGAUCACAUUCUCCAUCGGCUGUCGCUUCCUCAACAUAAGGUGCACUUGGUAAAGAAACACGCCCAGACUUUCAUUGCCUUGUGUGCCACAGAGUAUACCUUUGCUAUGUAUCCACCAUCCAUGAUUGCCACAGGUUGCAUUGGAGCAGCAGUCCAUGGCCUCUCUACCUCAUCUGACCAUUUUUCUGGCGAGGCACUUACUGAGCUGCUUGCUAGCAUUACUGGCACAGAGGUGGACUGCUUGAAAGCUUGUCAGGAGCAGAUCGAAGCUGCCUUAGCCGAUAAUCUGAAACGACUAUCUCAGCCUCAGCAAGACUAUAGCCCCUCCAAGAAUGCAACUUACCUGGAGAGCCAGGAAGUCAGCUUGACCAGCACACCUACGGAUGUCACAGAUGUCAACCUGUAACAAGUCCUCUUGGUGACCACCACCCAGUUAUCAGAACGAAAAGGGCCCCUGGAACGUUCUGCCAUCACUGAUUAACUGAGGGAAUUUCCCCAGUAGAUACCAUAUUUCUAAUAAGACUGGGUUGUAGUGGACUUGGUUGGGACUCUUGCAGUAGGACUGUUUGUGUUGCUAGCCUGGGUUUCCAAGGAUCAGGAGAGGCUUCUGGGGUAAUUGAAUCAAACUUAAACUUGGGAAGGAUGAGUGAGCAUAGCAUCAGUUCAAAAGAUUCAUCAGUUUGGGUCGCUUCAUUGGUGGGGCACUGCUGAUAUACUCCUACUUUAUCUCAAUCUUCGCUGCAUGCCUAUUUCAUGUGAGUCAAGAGAGAGAAUGCACUUUUGUUGCCUGAAUCACCUUCAUCUUCCAUAAUGACUUGUUGACAUUCAGCUGAUACUUCCGUGGCUAAAGCUGUUUUGCUCAGGCUGCCAUUUGUGGGCAUUAUAAGAGCCCAAAAAAUAUAGAGUUAUAGCACUGGAAUCCCUUUCCAGCUUCACUCAGUGCCAAGGAUGCCUUAAUUCUUUGAACAUCUAGAGUAGCACGAUCUUUGAGCCCUUCAUUUGAGAGUGAGUUGGGGGGGGGGGGUGCUUGCUUUUUGUAGGUGCUUAUAAAGGGGCUGCUUGUCAUAGUAAAAAUGUGGGGAGGCCUGAAGGGAUACAUUUUACUUGCACCUGGUUGCCUUUGCUUAUUCCUGUGAGAUCUAUGAGCUGCUUUAUUUAUUGUAAGGGUUAAAUCUUGUAAAACUGCAGAAUUAAGGGACAUUAGCAGUCUGGUCUGUCCCAUCUUGCCAUAUAAAAUAGUGCCUUAAUAUUCUUUCCUCAUUCUCCUUCAUACCUCUGGGUUGCUUACUUUGAUUAGCCAUUGUAGAAGUCAUUCACAUUCAGAGUACACCCAACACUUGCUGCUAUACUUGUAUGUAAAAUCCUUCUUGUCUAUACUGCCAAAACCAUUUUAAAAGGCAGGCAGGAGAACUGCAUGCAAAGGAUGUAUGGAGAGGGAGUAAGUAAAAGAGUUUCUAAUGCCAUUGCUUGCUUUUGUAAGGGGGAUAAAAGAUGAAAAAUGUUCCCCUAAGAGUUUACAAUAUGAUGAGCUACAGACUGCACUGGUGUAGAAAAUUAAAUCCAUGAUGGUUCAGGAAAAAUGUUGGAUUGUUUCCCCCCUAAAUGCUGCUUUUAUGAAAGAUCACUUUAAGAAUAAUUAAGCAUAGGUGAACUUUAGUGAUAGGAGCAAACUUUGCAUUUGAGUUCUAGUGGUAGUUCAUUCUUCAGCCCUCUAGGUU